AUAUAUUUGGCUUCAAAACAUUCAAAUCUUACAAGAUUUAAUUUCAGUCAUAUGUUAAAGAAACUUCAAGACUUCUAGUCAGCUAAUGAUGGAUCUGAAAUUGUGGCUCUCAAUUCUGAUGGUUUGUGGGAUGGCUGAAUCUCUAGGCUCGGGCAAGGACUGGCUCAUAGAUGUGCCAUCCAGAAUCUCUGUUCUUCAAAACUCAUGUGUGGUCAUUCCCUGUAGCUACGUUUACCCCAAGGCAAGAAAAAUGUUGAAGACAUGGAGGGGAUACUGGAAGAGAAGGGGCACAGUUGUCGCAUCAAAUUUCCCCAAUGCGAGACUAACGGAUGAGUUCUACCAUCGAUCCAGAAUUAGAGGAACCAUUCAAAGCGGCAACUGCACCUGGCAGCUGAAUCGUGUCAGAGAAACUGACACUGGUCCGUUUUACUUCAAAAUUGAAAUUCCACAACAUAAAAGCUUCACUUUCUCACAAAAUACGGUGACCCUCAAUGUCUUCCGAGUUCCUGAGCCUCCCACCAUGUCUGUUGCAGUCCAAGAUGAAGUGACUGCCACCUGCAAAGUUACUCAUGUCUGUCCAUCAUCUCCUCCCAAAUUCUCAUGGAGCCACUCUGGAACAAGGAAAACAAGGUCAAAAAAGGAAAAUAAAUGGUUGUGGUCAACAACGUCGACCCUCACCUUUACCCCUCAAGAAGCCGACUUCAACAUGCCUUUAAACUGUACGGUGUUGUUCAAAGGCAACAAGUCUACAAAGGGCUCUGUGCUUCUCAUCAAGUAGAAUACCAAGUGAAUCUAAAUAUGGAGUACUAGAUUAGAGCAAUAUUUUCAGAGCUAUCAGCCAUAUGACAAAGUGAUUUUGCAGAAAAAGGUCUGAAUUAGUAAAACUACAAAAAAAAAAACAUUUAGAGAGACAAGAAAUUCUUAUUGUUGCUUUGAUUCAUAUCACCUUUUGAGUUUAACUUUACCUAAAUCUUUUGAAAAUGUGUUAGAGGCUAAAAAGUUAGGAUUCAUUUUCUUAACCAUUAAUGAUUUUCUAAUUUGAUUUAUGGAUUAAUUUUGUUUAGCUUUUUUUCUUAUACUCUUCAUCAAUUGUAAGACCAUACACUGACUA